CGCGCAGCGCCGCCGAGGGCGCGCACAAAGCCGCUUCCAGACGCCCCCGGCCGGGCCAAGGUUGAGGAGCCCCUCAAGACAUCCUCCUCCCCACUCCCCAAUUGACAAGAGUGGCCUUCUCCCCGGCCAUUCGCCAUGCAUUCCCUCGACGAGCCGCUGGACCUCAAGCUGAGCAUCUCCAAGCUCCAGGCGGCACAAGCAAAGGGCGACCAGACCCUGGGCAGCUCCAGGCCCCGAUCCUUCCGCCAGGACUACCGGGUCCGUGAGGACAGCAGCCCCGACUCGCCUCAUUCCCCACUUGACGGCCUCCAGUUGCACUCCAAAUGCCACGACAAGAGGGACACCCGCUUCUCCUCCACCCCCACCAUCGACCUGAGCCUUUCUCCUCCUCCUCCUCCCGGCUUGGACUCCCCCGGCGGGGGCCGUGCCUCGCUCUCCCCCGACAGGCAGAGCGGCGGGGAGUUGGUGAGCUCCUCCGCCCUGCGGGACCUCCAGUCCCUGCGCUACAUCGAUGGCCUCCGCAGCUCCUUCCAGUUCUUCCUGCCCCUCAACUCGGGGGGUGCCUUGCACCUGCCUGCCUCAGCCUUCCUGGGGGCCCCCAAAGAGAAGCGCCUCUCCCCAGAGAUGCCCCUCCAGAAGCAGCUGGUGUGCCGGUGGUCAAAGUGCAACCAGCCCUUUGACCUGCUGCAAGACCUCGUGGACCACGUCAACGACUUCCACGUGAAGCCCGAGAAGGACGCCGGCUACUGCUGCCACUGGGAGGGCUGUGCCCGCCACGGAAGGGGCUUCAAUGCCAGGUACAAGAUGCUGAUCCACAUCCGCACGCACACCAAUGAAAAGCCCCACCGCUGCCCCACCUGCAACAAGAGCUUCUCUCGGCUGGAAAACCUGAAGAUCCACAACCGCUCCCACACAGGCGAGAAGCCCUACAUCUGCCCCUACGAAGGCUGCAGCAAGCGCUACUCCAACUCGAGCGACCGCUUCAAGCACACCCGCACGCACUACGUGGACAAGCCCUACUACUGCAAGAUGCCCGGCUGCCACAAGCGCUACACAGACCCCAGCUCCUUGCGCAAGCACAUCAAGGCCCACGGCCACUUCAUCUCGCACGAGCAGCAGGAGCUGCUGCAGCUGCAGCCGGCCCCCAAGCCCUCCCUGGCGGCCCCCGCGGACGUGCCUUACCUCAACGGGGCGCAGAUCAUCAUCCCCAACCCCGCCGCCCUCUUCGGCAGCCACGGCCUGCCCCUCCCGCUGGCGCCCGCCCCACUGGACCUCAGCGCCCUGGCCUGCGGGGGGCUGGCCGGCCUCCACAGCCCUGUCCUGGCACCCCUCAACCUGGCCAAGAACCCGCUCCUUGCCUCACCCUUCGCUGCCAGCAGCCUGGGGCUGCCCGUCGUCUCCUUGCUGGCAGGGGCCGCCUCCGCCAAGGCCCUGCCCGAGAGGAGCGUGGCCCGGCCCAGCAAAGGCGGUGGGGGCGGGCAGGGGCCGCCGCAGAGCUGCAAGGAAGCCAGCGGGAGGACUGAACGGGGCCGGGCGGGCGCAGAGGGCCUCUCGCUGCUGCCUGCAGGGGGCGCCCUGGACCUCUCCACCGGCAUGAACUCGGCGGGCAGCUCAGACGGCCUGCCCCCCGGUUGGGUGGUCAUCCCCACAGGUUCCAUGUUGCUGAAGCAAGCCGUGGUGAACUGAAGGGGGAUGGGGUGGGGGGAAUCUGGGACCGGCCAUGGCCAGCGGAGGACCCCAGGCAGCCCUGGAAGAGCUUCUGGCCUGUGCCGAAAGGUGCCCCCCUCUCUUCCCCCCCACCAGACACGCCC